AUGGUCAUGUACUGCCCUGAUUGGAAGGAUGAUCUUCUGGGACUAGGCGCAAUUUCCAGCUUGCGGGGUGCAAAGCAGGAACGAGAGGCUGCGGCAACGCAGCCUGACCCCAUGCAAUCGGAUGUUAUGGAUAGCGUUGUAAGGCGGGUCAGCCGUCAUCUGGAAGCACCACGCCCCGUGGUGGUAUCAGCACCAGCAGUACGCCGCCCGGGCUACCCACGUCCACACCUGGCACCCUUCCUGCCUCGGCUCCCUGGAACGCAGGGUCCAGCGGCCCAGGCACAGUCUCAGCCGUUGCAUUGGCAAAAGGAGCAGCCCAGGCAGGCGGCUUCUUCACAGCCGGGGCAGCCGCCUGCGUCCAGCCAGCCAUGGAAUACCGCUCAAGUGCAGACACCUCCACCGGCUAAUUACACGACAGCCACAGCCAAUCCAUUCUUUGGCACGCAGGAAAUUAGCCUAUCUCCCUUGGCUCUGGCGAAGAGGGAAUCCUACACGGCCGCCAUGACGGACACCAUGGCUGCCGCUGCUCGCCUCAAACAGCAGCAGCCGCAAAGCCACCAACGUGUCUCUGGGAUGACAACCUCGGGUCCUAGGGGAACAGCCACCUCUAUUGGCAGCGCAGGCACCAGCUCCUAUGGCCACCCUACGCCAGCUGUUGCGCAGCCGGGUGACUUGUUCAGCCCCAACGCAGUAGCAGUUGCAUUGGCGCGGCGGCCGACGGAACUCGUUUACCUAUGUGACAUGCCCCAAUGGACUUACCAGAGGCCCAGUCUUUCAGGACUGGAUUUGAUAGUGGCCGCAGGGUCGGGGGCCCCAACGAUGUCUGGUGGAGUUGCCGUGCCCGAUCCAGCAGACGUCACACCGCAGGAGCUGAUGCUGUCGGAGCGCGCUUUGGUCUCGGAUCUACUCCAAGCUUUCUUAGGAUUUAAUAGCCAGCUCAUACGACCGCGGCUGGUGCCGCCCGUCGGCGCAGCCGCGACGGCGGCCACGGGGCCAUGCCUGACGUUCGUAGUGCGGGAGGACCUCGUGCAUGAGACGCUGAGGGAGAGAGUAGCGCCACUGCUGCCCAUUUGCGACUACGUAGCGGCGUUGCAGCGAUUCGUAGAGACACGGUCAGCGCACUGCUACGGGAUGGUUACCCAUGCCCUGGCUGCGGCAUUGCGGGGCUACCUCGAGGACUGGCAGGUCAUGGUGGCUAUGAUGGAGAAUCAGUUGCUGCACGGCGCACUGGACUUGACACGGCUGACUUUCUAUUGUCAGCAGCCCACCGCAGCGCUAGCUGUGCUGGCCGACGUUGCUGCACAGGCCGCCAACGUUGAGCGGACAUCCGCAGGCUUGCUCAACCUGCUCCACGCACGAUACAGUGUAUGUGCGGGUAACGGUCCUGGCCGUUCGCUGCUGCAUCACCUGCUCACCGCCGCGGCAGCGCCGUACUGCGCCUGUCUUGAGCGCUGGCUACGGCACGGUGUGUUGGACGACCCUUACCAUGAGUUCAUGGUGCAGGAAGAUCCGGCGCUGCGUUGUGAUUCGCCUGCGGCAGGAUCCAGCCACUCGGGUGCAGCGAGUCGGGCGUCCUCCUAUUGGAGGGGCCGCUACACGCUGCGGUACGUGCUGCAGUCAGAGACCCGCACCGCCAUGGAGUUGGGCAUGUCGACGCCGGGGCCCAACGCCGCAGCGGCUAAUGCGUCGGGCCCCGCGUCUGUGCCCCCCUCCUUGGAUGUACCCACCUUCAUGUUCCCAUAUCGAGAGCUGAUCCUCCGAACGGGAAAAUAUCAAAACGUUCUACGCGAAUGUGGCCAGCCCGUGGCGCAGCCCGUCAUACCACAAUCCAACAACGCGGCAGCAGUUGGGGCACCAGCAGCCCCUUUGCCGCCGUUGUCAUAUGACCCUGCACAGCCGGGUGGCCUUCAGCUGCAUGUCCGCGCCGCACACGCAGCGGCUAGUACGGCGUUGCUAGGGUUCCUGCUGCGCGGUGGCGGCGCUGGCGGUCGUGCCGGUGGCGCAGGGUUGAUUGCAGUGCUACGAUCAAUUAAGCACUUCUUCCUUUUGGACCAGGGAGAUGUGUUGGUCAGCAUUAUGGAGGUGGCAGAUGAGGAGCUUUGCAAGCCCGCCAAGGCCAUUAACCGUACCCGCCUGCAAUCGCUUUUGGAAAUGGGCGUCAAAAUGUCUUCGGCGGCGUCUGAUCCGCAUGCCGACACUCUUGGUUUUGAAAUGGAUCCCCGGUCUCUGGAGUCUCUGGCAAAGGCAGCAGCACUGGUCACAGCCGGCUUGGAUGCCAGCAGAGCGGCGUCGUUCGCUGGGGCCGUGGGCUCACCGGUCGGCACGCCAGGUCCACAUGGCACAGGCGGGCGGCCGCUGCCCAUGCAGCGCACCCCGGGUGGUAGCCGCUUGUUGGGCCCACGCGACCAGGACCUGCCGGGCUGGGAGCUCUUCCUGCCGACACUCAAGCUGGACUGGCCUGCUACGCUGGUUGUGGGCGGCGAGGAGCUCCUCCAGUACCAACUGCUGUUCAAGCAUCUUUGGGGGCUAAAGCGCGCGGAACGGCAGCUGGAGGCCACGUGGCUGAUGCUACAAGGAACAAAACGAGUGGAAAGGAUGGGAACUCCUACGGAGGGUGUGCAGCAGCGUGCAGCGGACGUGGACCAGGUUAUUGAGAUGCAUCGCGACUUCUUGCGCCGGGCCGCCGGGGGCCUGCUGCUGGACCAGCCGCGUGCGCUGCGCUGCCUGAUUACGCUGCAGCAGAGUGCCGCGGGCUUCACACGCCACAUCUCGGCGCUGUGGGAACGCCUGCAGGCGGGCAUAGAGACCUCGUCCAACGCUACGCAGGUGUCUGCCGCCGACAUCGCCGCGGAGCAGCAGCGUGCUGCUCAGGUGGGUACUGCACUAGAUGAUUUGCAGCGCCUCAUGGGCGAGGCGACGGGGCAAAUCCAGGCCCUGGUGGCGGCAGUGCGAGACCAUUAUGAGGGGCUCAUGACGGGCAACACCGCCAUGGCGGGGACACUCAGCACCGGCGGCAGCUUGCAGGGCGGCGGGCUAUUGGCAGAGUCCACGGAGUCGGGCGGGUGGGAUCUGGAGGCUUUGCAAAACCUCGCAGACAGACUGGACUUUGGCCGGCCAGCAGCUGGCACGCUGGGUGCCGUGCUUGCGGAGAUGACUGGGCGCCACUGAUGCAUGGCAACCUUACCUGCGGAGGGUAUUGUUAAGGCUGGCUACAGCAUGUGGUGCAGGCUGACUAAUUUACUGGGACUGGGGUGACACAUGGGGUCGAGCUCGAAGAAGAUCGUACAGAGUGGUAGCAUUACUACCGCCUAUGAAUGCGCUUGCAAAGGGAUAGGAUUAUGAUGGAAGCAGCUUGACAUCCUAUCCUGCGUCUUGCCGUGCUGGGUUGGAAUGGAGCAUCCGAACUCAGUAUGUCAAAUCACCUCCGAUCGG